UCACGUGACGCGGGCCGGUGUCAGGCGGUCCCCCUUCCCGUGCCUCUCCGCUUCUCCCGUCUCACCCCCACCCCCCUUCAUGGAUCAUUGAAGAUUCCCCAACUGCCGGUUGCUGCUUCUCACAAGUAGCAUUUGGUGGCGCAAGUAAAGGACGAGAUCGGUGGCUUUUUGGAACUUCCCCCCGCGCCGCCAGGGGAAGCUUCUGUUCGAGCUGACUUUUGCGGGAGGGACGGUUUGUCCAGAGAUACUGAUGUAGAACUGAGGAAAAGAAGAGAUGCAGUCGUAGAUGUCCAGCAGUAUCAACCUGUGGCCAGUGGGUCAGAGGGUAAGGAGGAUGAAUGAACUAUAAUUUUAGGAGGUGGUGAUUCUGAAGACAGCCCAAUCAUCAUGGCUCAUACUACUGUUUUUGUGGGUUUUACCGUUCCUCAGUUAUUGAGAAGUUGUAGCGGAAUUUUUCCUACUCAUUCUGCAUCGGUAGUGUUGAGGCACUCUGCUUUUUGUUAUUGCACAGUGAACAGCACAAUAAAAUCUAAAAGGAAAAUGGAUCAUCUAGAGAGGACAGCAAAUAAUUUUCGCCAGGAGGUAAUUUCACAAGCGAAAGUGUGCAGAAUCACCAACGAAUCGGAGACAGUCAAAAGACUUCGUUUGGCUGUUGCAAACAAAGAUUUUACUUUCAAAGCUGGACAGUGGGUUGAUUUCUUUAUUCCUGGAGUACCUGUAGUUGGGGGAUUCUCAAUAUGUUCAAGCCCUGGUGUAUUGGAACGAGAAGGAACAUUAGAGCUGGCAGUAAAGCACACUGUUCAUCCUCCUGCUCACUGGAUCCACACUGAGUGUACUCUUGACUCAGAAGUGGCUCUGCGAGUGGGAGGUGAUUUCUUCUUUGAUCCUCAGCCUGGUGACUCCCCUGUAAAACUAGUGCUGAUAGCAGGUGGUGUUGGAAUUAACCCAUUGUUUUCUAUACUGCUGCAUAUAGCAGAUCUUCAUCAAUACCCAGAGGGUAAAGGAAAUGGAUACAAAAUGGGAACAGCGAAGCUGUACUACAGCGCAAAAGAUACAAACGAACUCUUAUUUAAGAAAAAUAUCCUUGGUUUGAUGAAUGCAUUUCCUGGAAAAAUCACAUGUCGUUUCCACGUUACUCGGCAGAGUUCACAGAUCUGUGAAGAACUUCAGCCACAUGUCACAGAGGGAAGAAUAUCUGAAAAGGAUCUAGAAAAACAUGUAUCAAAGGAUACUUUAUGGUACAUCUGUGGUCCACCUCCAAUGAUAGAAUCUAUCUCCAAACUACUAUCCAACAUUGGUGUUCCUAGAAACUGUGUUUUCUUUGAGAAAUGGUGGUAGUGGCACCUGAUGAACCAAAAAUACAUUCUUUGUUUCUAGUUUAUUUUGAUAAGCUAACGUACAGAAAUGGACUAUGAAUUAUUUGGAAGAUUUACUUCAUACAGGAAGACAUCAUCAAUCAUGAUGGUCUUCCUUUAAUUUAACUGUAAUAGACCUGCAAUACAGUGCUGCUGCUUUUGUGGGGGGAAAAGUGAUUUUAUAUUAAAGACAUUAACCCUUCUGACUUUUUGAUGGUUUGCUUACUUCGUACAGGUAGCAGCGUAUUUUCACUUUACUCACUUCUUUUGAUAGUUUUUAAAAGACCUCCAGUGCCUGAUUCAGUGGUUGUAGAGAAUUAGUUUCACAGCAAUGCCAUGUCAGUUUAUAAUAAAUUAUAAUUCAGGCCACAGCUUCUGAAUCUGUCCCAAAUUCUUGUGCUAAUGGGUCAAGGCACUCCCUUCCGCUCUUUAUAUAUAAUAAGUUAUUAUUUUUAUAGAUGUAGAGUUGCUGUGGUGGCACUUCCUUCUCUUGCUACUUCUUGAUGAAAGGAAACAAAACUUUUAUGUAGUUUAUUAAGUGAGUCAACUGUGUUGACAAUAAGAUAUUUUUUCAGAAUCAUAUUCAGACCCGAGUUAGAAGUGUGGAUGUGUUAACGAUCUGUUAUCCUCUGACAGAGCUGUACAGUUAUUCACGUGAACCCGUGUCCCUUGCUGUUGCUGAGACAGGUUGUGCAGGCACGUGCCACAUCUUCAAAAGCAGCAAUGGCCAGCAACCACCAAGACAGGAAAUCUCUGAAAUCCUGCUUUUGGUGCAGAGUUUUAGAAGGAACCAGGACGUAGCAGUUCUGUUUGGAAAAGUGUCUCUGGAAAGUUUGCUCUUUAAGGUAUGAGUGUACCCCUAGGUGUAAUGGCUGGCACUUAAGCCCGUCUCACAUGAAGCUUCUCCCAGCUUGUAGAAAAACUCAUCACAGAAACUCUCCGACUAGCAAAAAGCUACAAGUUAGUUAAUUAUCAGUAUAGACAGUUCCAGUCCUUGAGUGAUAGAGAUUCCCACAGUACAUUGGAAGACCUCAAUAAGGCACAUUUAAAUUAUUAAAAAUACUAAGGUAUUAUUGAAUUAUUAAAAAUGUUAAACAGAUGAGGCCUCUUCUUUGUUAGUGGCUCUUUUCCUUGAGUUAAAUGUUUCAAACAAUAGUCACAUAGGUAAUGCAUGCAGCAAGCUUCUUGCAAUCAGCAUCCCUCUCCUCUGCCUUAAACAGAGGUUGCAAAGAUACUGAUCCCAUCACCUGGUUUCCAGUCACAUGGCCAGUGUGAAGAAAGGAUAACUUUCCAGUGCUUGGAUAAAAAGGCCUCCUGCCCAGCUUUCUCACCAAGAAGUUAUUUCAGCUUCAGUAUGCGGAUUUUAGCCUCUAGUUUUUAACCCCUUUUUAUCGUCUCUGAGACAUUAUACAGCUUGUAGGAUACCUAUCACCACAUCCACGUUUCCCUCAUCUUACAAAGCCAGUGAGAGAGCCUAAGUAGGAAACUCCAAGGCCAUGCUUUGCAUGCAGCUCAAGAACACUACUCUAAAUGUUGCAGAAGCUGAUUGAGCAACUAACCGAACCAAUCCUAGCGCUUUCAGCAAACAGCUUCAAAGAGAAAAAUCCAUACUGACUGCAGGUCAGAACAAACAGGACAUAAGGAAACAGGCUGUAUUUUGGAUCAGGAAGAAGUGAACUUGGAGUGAUGGACCUUAAAGAGCUGCCUUUUGGGAGGCAGCACCAGUAUAACAGUUUGCCUGUAAGUUUUCAUCUUUCUGUGCCUGCAGCCUCCUCCCCUUAGGCUUGUGCUUCCAUACAUGUGGCGCUAUACGCAAGCUGACAUUCCCCACCUCCCCAGCAGUCACCACAGCCCCAGAGGGAAUGUCUCAUCAAAUUCCCUCCUACUCAAAUGAAGGAAGAUUCUUUCUGAGAACCCCCAGUUCAAGGAAUGGUUCCUUGUUUGUUCACUCUAGAAUGUAAAUAGGACAGUGUGCUUGUCACAAAAAAUAAAACCAAGGAGCUUUUGUGUUCACAAAGAUCUCAACUGACAUGCCAGAGCUUGAUGCUUGAAGGAGGCAGGGGCUUUUUUCCUAGAAAUGUGCAAUAAAUUGCUGUCGGGAAGUGCUGGCGGCCUAAAAUGUAAACCACACACUAGGCUCCUGCAUGUUUUAACAGUGUAAUGAUAAAAAGAUUCUGAGAAGCCCUUAAAUGUUGUUUUCCUUACAACUUUUAAAUCAUUAACUGGAUUAUAAGCGAGUCUACCCUUUUUUCCUCUUAAUGCACAUGCUCUUUUCAUCCCAAAUGACAUUUCUCUCACAAACCGCUUCUCAGGCAUGCACCAAAAUGUCCAUUUAACAAAAUGCAUUUAAACCCCCUUUUCCUUCUGUAAUCAUCUUCUUUUCCCUCUAACCUCUUUCUGUCAUCCCCUGUUAUACUCAGAAUGAGCGCUAUGGGGCAAAGGCAUCUCAUUGUAUGGGCUCACCCACCUAAAGAGUAGUACCAACACACACACACGCUGCACCAAGGGACAGAGAAAAAUAAUUUCAUACCCCUGCCCUCCCAAACCAGUAACCUCAGUUACUGUUGACAAGAAGUUCUUUCUUACCUUCCUGUCCAAGGGCACAGAAUGCCUUUACUCCCUAAUGCAUAUAAUGGUAAUAAAUGCCAUUUCUGAGCCAAGAAACCCGGAAAGUUGUUAAUAUCCCCUUCCUCUGUAGCCUUUUCCUGUUGACACUUAAGAAUCUUUUGAAAGUCUUUUCUAGAGUUCAGUGCUCUUGUAGUGAAACAUCAGUUUCACCUUUAAGUCUGUUAUUGGAUGUGACUCCACCACAAGUGAAGAGAAAUAAAAACCAGGAAAAUUAGCCUACAUAAAGAUACACCGUACAAAUAAUUGUAUAACGGUGAUAUUUGCCUCCACUGUCGGGAACUGAGAGCAACCCCUCCUGCUCAGCUGCUACUGAGUUGGAGAAAUAUUCUCAUCACGUUGUCAAAUCACAACAUGUAAUCUUAGAAAAUGUUUAUUCCUUUUACAUUUGUGUCAUGAGCCAAGGGGCGACUUCAGGAGAAAAAGCAGACUGAUAGGUUUUUUUCCUUGCAACAAAAUACAAGGAGUGACAUACGUGCCCAUCUCUAUGCUUAUGUUUAAACUCGUGAGUUACCUGGUGCUGCAGCUGCCUUAGACUGAAUCUUUUGCUUCUUCCUGUGACAUUUAUUUUAUCAGUUUCCUGUGUGCUCAUCUGGCACAAUGAAUAUGAAGUAUUCCUAUGGGAUUUGCAUUAAUUAACUGGGAAAAAAAGUGGCUAUUCAGUCAUUACAUCAUUUUAGUUAGUAGGGUGCUUUCAGAGUGAAUAACAGAAAGCACUUGAAUUGAAAAGCCUUUUCUUACCCCUUCAGCGUACAGGUAAAAUACUGAUUAGAGUCAACUGCCACGUCCAGCACCACAGGCACCUUUCUGCUGAUGGAGGCUUUGGCAAGGAUCGCCUUUUAGAAACAGAAGCACAUCUCCACUAACAGCCUUGGAGACAUAUGAAUUGCAUCUCCAACUCAAUUCAUAG